CAUAAGAGGGAAAAAAAAAAAACUCCGGAACUCAGGAGAGCUGAACUAAACUAGCUUAGCGAGCCAACAACAAUAACCGGUAGACCUUAUUUACGGUCAGGCAGCCGGGUGCGUACGAGAGACCUUUGAAGGUGGUCCGUUUGCGUUAAUGAUUGGUGGAACACAAGCAACUGACACCUCCUGUAUCCUGCACUUACGAAAACCAACGUUUGCAUCAAGCGGACGUUUAACGUUAGCUAGCUAGCGGGAACGUUAGGUAACUCUCAACCCAGGUACUUGAGGAGUCACUCCGAUGUGCUUCGGGACCAAUACAAGAGAUGGCCAGUAAUCCUGCGGCAGGCUUUACCUGCCAUGCUAACGGAGAAAGCACACCAGGACGAGGGUCCAGUUCUGGCCGCUCACGUCGCCACCGGUGCGAGUCAGAGUCCGAUGUUGGCCCGACUGACAAAAGCUUAGCACGGCUGUGUAGCAGGGACGAAGAGGAGCGAGCAGCGGCUCUGGAGGAGCUCAGCCGCGGGGUUCUGGUGUGUUUAGAACUGGACCGGCCCGGUUCGGCACAGCUGAGUAAACAAACACUCCUUCUUCUGCUUCGGCGCUUCCCCUCCCUUGAACAAGGAGUUGAAGUACCUCGGACUCUGGCUUCAGGUCCAAGCUCGUUUAUUCCUGCAAAAGAGAUAUUGAAACAAGGGCUGGACCAGGACAUCCUUAUCGAAUCUUUCCUUUCAUUGGGUCGCGUGGACCACAUCACCAUGGUGAUGGCGUUGCACCCUGCAUACCUCAGCUGCUUCAUGAGGACCCAGCAUGCUUUGUUAGAGAUGGACGGCCCCUUGCCCCGUCACUGGAGACAUUACAUUGCUGUUAUGGUAAGAAAACCACAAUAUGUGAAUAUAAAAUCUGCGAGCACGUACCCCCCCCCCCAUCCACAGCAGCACAUACAGGAGCUGGUGUGUCCCGGAGCAGAGCCUCGCUGGUCAUUCGCUGAACUCAUCCAUGCUGUGGUCCUGAUGGCACAUGCUCACUCACUCUGCUCUUUUGUGUGGGGCUGCAGCUUAAACCCUGAACCCGACCACAUUGGAGGUUAUACCUUCCAACUCCCAUCACCCAGUCACCUUCCUCGUUGCCCUCAUAGCCCUGCUCAUGAGGACGGCAGGCAAGAGUUGGUUGACGGAGUGAUGGAGGUGGAAGUGUUGAUGCAGAGGAUGGUGGAGCUGCAGCAGCAGGAGGAGGAGUGCACACAGGAGGAGAUGGUCACUCGCUUUGAGAGGGAGAGGAGCGAGAGCAUUCCAACCGCGGUGGUGCGGGGAGCACCACCUGACCUGGUGCUGCGUCUGGUGGAGGAGCCAGAGUUCAGAUAUGAGGACUUUGCCCCCAGAGGAGAGCAGUCACCACCCACCAUGAGAGCCCAGGACUAUUCAUGGGAGGACCACGGCUUCUCUCUGGUCAACAGACUACUGCCAGACAUGGGCCAGCUCCUGGAUGAAAAAUUCCAGGUCGUAAGCAACUUGACCUACAACAGGAUGGCCAUGCAUGAAGGUGUGGACACUCACACUCUGAGAAAAGCUCUGUGGAACUACAUCCACUGUCUGUACGGGAUACGCUACGAUGAUUACGACUACGGCAGUGUGAAUGUGCUGUUAGAGCGCUCUCUGAAGGUCUUUGUUAAAACCAUGGCGUGUCACCCCGAGCAGACCACAGCACGUAUUUACCACGCCUUCUGGAGACACUUCAGACACUCGGAAAAGGUUCAUGCAAACCUAAUAGUGAUGGAAGCCCGGCUACAAGCAGCCCUUCUUUAUACCUUACGGGCCAUCACACACUACAUGAGAUGACACACUCUCUCACACACGUUUUUUUGCAGGUGUCACGCCAGCUACGCACUCGCACACACACACACACACACACACACACACACACACACACACACACACACACACACACACACACACACACACACACACACACACACACACACACACACACGCGCACACACACUACAGUGAAUGUUUGUAUAUGCAUAUCUUAUGUUUCAGUGUUAAUGUUUUGAUGCUGCUUUGCGACUGGGAUAUCUGAUAUUUAAAGUUUGUAACUUUUUUUGCACUGAAGUUUAUCAGGUUUUGUUUCCCCCACUUGAGCCUCAAGUGUUGUUCUUGCACGUUUCUGUCACACAUAGACAUAUCUACAUGCCAGGAAUGGAAUUGUGUGUGGUAUAACUAAAUCAUCAUCAUCAUGUGAUCAGUGUUUAUUUGACAUUUCUAUUCAGGCUAACUAUCUGUCACCCACAGACAGCUGCUGUUCACCACAUCAUGACUACUCAGGCCUUGGCCUCUGUCUGCAGCACACAGAGGCUGAGAUCAUAAAAUGAAAAAAAUAACUUGUAUUUUUGUAUACAAUAAAAACUACCUACUUUAUCAAAAUUAAAA